AUGGGUAGAGUCAUCCGGAAUCAGCGUAAGGGCCGCGGCUCCAUCUUCACGGCCAACACCCGCCUGAACAAGGCUCCUGCAAAGUUCAGACAACUCGACUUCUCCGAACGACAUGGCUACGUUCGCGGUGUAGUCAAGGAAAUCAUCCACGACCCCGGCCGUGGCGCUCCUCUCGCGAAGGUCAGCUUCCGAAGCCCAUACAAGUUCAAGGACCGAAAUGAGGUCUUCAUUGCCAACGAGGGCAUGUACACUGGCCAAUUCAUCUACGCCGGCAAGAAUGCGAACCUGACAGUCGGCAACGUCCUGCCUCUUGGUGCCGUCCCGGAAGGUACCGUUGUCACCAACGUUGAAGAGAAGACUGGAGACCGUGGUGCGCUCGGCAGAACAUCUGGCAACUAUGUCACCGUCAUUGGCCACAACCCCGACGAGGGCAAGACUCGCGUCAAGCUGCCUUCCGGUGCUAAGAAGGUCGUUCUCAGCUCUGCUCGUGGUAUGAUUGGCAUUGUUGCUGGUGGCGGCCGUACAGACAAGCCAAUGCUCAAGGCUUCGAGAGCAAAGCACAAGUUUGCGGUCAAGCGCAACUCCUGGCCCAAGACUCGUGGUGUUGCUAUGAACCCUGUCGAUCAUCCUCACGGUGGUGGUAACCACCAGCAUAUCGGUAAAGCUUCUACCAUCUCAAGAUACGCUGCCCAAGGUCAAAAGGCUGGUCUCAUUGCUGCUCGCAGAACUGGUCUGCUCCGUGGUACCCAGAAGACGAAGGACUGA